AUCUAUCUAUCUAUCUACCCACACGCAAACGUGUGCGCCGCAGCACACCGCCCCCCGCUGGUAGGAAUGGGAAACGCAGGGACCCCUCCCCUCCUGCAGAGCUGGGAUGUCUCCCUGCGGCCAGCUUGCUAAGACACCCCGGUGACGCAUCGUGUUGGGCUGUACGGUGUACACUUUUAUCCUCUGUAUGUACAGCUGAUAAAUACAUUUUCACGCAUCCUUUAGCGGGAUCAGCGUCGGAGACUAACCCUCGUCUAGAAUGGGGAACAGAGACGAUGAAUACGAUUUCUUGUUCAAAGUGGUGCUGAUCGGGGACUCUGGUGUAGGUAAGAGUAACCUGCUGUCCCGGUUCACCAGGAACGAGUUCAACCUGGAGAGUAAGAGCACCAUCGGGGUGGAGUUCGCCACGCGCAGCAUCCAGGUGGACGGGAAGACGGUCAAGGCUCAGAUCUGGGACACGGCCGGUCAGGAGCGCUACCGAGCCAUCACCUCCGCGUACUACCGGGGGGCGGUGGGGGCUCUCCUGGUCUAUGACAUCGCCAAGCACCUGACCUAUGAGAAUGUGGAGCGCUGGCUGAAGGAGCUGAGGGACCACGCCGACAGCAACAUCGUCAUCAUGCUGCUAGGCAACAAGAGCGACCUGAGGCACCUGCGGGCCGUGCCCACCGACGAGGCGCACGCCUUUGCAGAGAAGAACAACUUGUCGUUUAUCGAGACAUCAGCAUUAGACUCCACCAAUGUAGAGGAGGCCUUCAAGAACAUCCUCAUAGAGAUCUACCGUAUCGUGUCCCAGAAGCAGCUCUUUGAUGGCUCCGCCCACGACGACUCCCCUGGCAACAACGUGGUGGACAUCAGCGUCCCGCCCACCUCCGACGCCCAGCGGAGCCGACCACAGUGCUGUCAGAACCUGUAACCAGGGAAACCCUACCCCCGACCUCACUUCCUGUCCCUCCUCCUUGGAAUCCCUUCCCUCUCUGUCUUACCAAUCUAGUUUUGUGUAAUAAAUUAUAUUUCUUUUUGAUGGCUGGUCUGCUUGCGUUACAUUAAUACCAUGAAAUAAAGUUUUACAAUAUUA